GUGGAUAUAUAUGUGUCCAUAAUAACCCCCCAGCUUCAGCACCCUCCCCACCACCACACCCCCGUUCCCCCAGACAUAACCUCAGCAGUUCCCGUUUCCAGCCCCUACAGCACCCGCUGUGCAUCCCAAAAAACGCCUAAACCCACCCUGGAACCUUCCAUUUCCAGCGAACCACGCCGCCAACUGUUGCAACGGUACACCAUAAACCUUUUUUUCCAGCUGCCUACCCGCACCACUGCACCAACGUGUGCGCCCCGCCUCCACCGUGGAUUCCUUUGCUCGCCUUCUUUACCUGCACUUGUCCAGUACAUAAUCCUCUUCCCUAUUCUUUUUUUUUCCACUCUUCUCCAAAAUCACCACAAAUGGGCCUGUUCGGGCACUAACGCUUUGUCUUUUUUCUUUUUUCUUAGGCAUCAUGGGCGAAUCAAAGGUACGGCCCCCCGAAGAGGCCACCGAGGAGCGCACCGAGCCCUUCUCCCACUCGCAGAUGGAAGACCGUCUCAAGAAGCUUGCGCCUGCUGAACCCCCAUCGACACCGCCGCGCGGCGAACCCGUGCCCUCGCUCGACGUCCUCCACGUCGAAGACCGACAUCGCCAGGAAGGCGUCCGAAUCAUCGUCCGCCCCUACGCUGACCUUGAAAAUAAUCGCGCCGUCAGCCCCGGCGCCGACAAUUGCCGCUGGCUUGCCUUGCGCGCUGAGAUUGCCUCGUCGGACCAGCCAGAGCACAAGGUCCUCGCUGUGACUCAGACCUGUCGCGACAUCAAGUUUUCCGUCAACAUCCCCGGCGAACACUACGAAGACCACGCCCCGCGUCCUUCGCUCUCCCUCGAGCUCUACUACGAUCCCGCCAGCGACAAGGUCGUUCUUUUAAACUGCUCCGAGGUUCCUGUCGCUCUCUCGCCUGUCGCAAAGCAGGCUGCGAGCCCCAGAAUUGAUGACUACCACACAGUCUACCCUCGCCUAGCCAAGUCCCUUGCGCCCGGAACAUGGCGAAUCAAGGUCAGAGACGUUACCGUGAUGGAUUUCCGCAUCCUUGAAAAGCGUCCCAUUUACAUUUAUGACUCUCCGCCACCAAUGCGAUCCCCGCCGCCGUCGUCCGUCGACAGCUCCCAGCAAAUCGUUAGCUCGACCAAGCGCUCGCUGGAGACAGAAGACGAUAACCCUAGAGCCAAGCGUCGCUUGUCCGAGCUUGAUGCCCGCCGGCCACCAGCCACAGAUGACAAUGCUGUCGUCUUCAUGCCCCCUUCUGUCGAGCCCGUCGUCUUUUCCUUGCCCAACAGCGGCGAAGGCCCGCGCAGUAGGGAACUCGUCACCGCCACCUCCAACGCCCUGCUUGAGGUCCUCGACAAGAACACUGGCGACACAGUGUCUGUUCCUGGCUUCUAUGAGGUGGACCAGUACGAGCUGACCAAGCGCGACCCCAUUGCUGCCAAUGCCAUGUCUGCCGUCUACACGGCCAAGCAUUCGCGGCACGACAUAGUCACGGUCAAGGUGCUCAAGACUCGAGUACCCAACAUCAACGACAAGCAAUACGUCCACGAGCGGGACGUCAUCCGCCAAGCAGACAUGUGGCUUCGCGAGACGAGGACGCAAGAAGGCCUCGCUCACGAUUCCAUUGUCCGCUACUACGGCGGCGAUGCUCGCUUUCUCUCGCUCUACAUGGAGCAUGUCGACGCCAAGGACUUGACUAUUCCCGGCCGAUGGAGAAACAGAGCCAAUGACGAAUUCUCCGGUUCUAGGAAGGACACCCUGCGCAUUGUCAAAGACAUUGCGGGUGCCCUCAGCUACCUCCACGGGCGCGAAAAGGUGCACAAUGACAUCAAGCCCGCCAACAUUCUCUACGACCCCGAGCGUGGCGCUGUGCUCUGCGACUUUGGCAUGUCAACAGCGACUAGCAAACCCCCCACUGGCGGCGGCACGCCAUACUACAUCCCUCCUGAGUUUAUCGGGUUAAAGAGCCGAGGACCCCCGUCUGACGUCUGGGCCCUCGGCGUGACUCUCCUCUACACACUGGGCAAGAUUCCUCUCCCAGAAAGCCGAGGCAGAGCCACACACCCACGCCGCCUCUACUGGCAAAUCGCCGGGGUGAACAACCCCAAGGCACCACACGCACAUCAAGGCAACGGCCAGCCUGCUGCAGAUCAGAUGCGCGAGUGGCUGAGCGAAAUCACCCAGGUCCGCGAGAGCCUGAACAAGCAGGACCUUCUUGAGCGCCUGGUCUGGAACAUGCUCAUGCCUAAUCCGCUGCACCGCAUCACCAUGGCAGACGUUAUGCGUCAGCUUCAGGCCGUGGAUGCAGCGUUACUGACGGCCAACUAAACGCCAGUAUCAUCUAUCGCCCUUUUGUGAAGGUUUAUAAUGGAUAGCAUGAUGGCACUUGUUUUGGACUUUUAGCAUUUUUCUUUUCUUUUUCCUUGCGCAUAAGUCUUUUCUGUGAGACUCUUUUUCUUCGUUGACCGAUUGUUUAUUUUCAUGAGAGCAUGACUUGCGAGACAACGCAUUAUUUGAUGGCAUUAGCAUAAUGUCUUGAUACCCAUUAUUGUCUUUAUAUCGUACAUAUUAUAUGGUUUGUGCAUUAUUUGCAUCUAGCAUCUUUCUUUUACGAUUGCUGCCCGGCGUCAUGGGUAGGAUGCAUUUGGAGCGCGUGUCGAGCAUACACAUACAGUUGCAUAUAACUUGAGUUGGGGUUUCUGUUUUACUUUUUUUCGUUUCUUAAUACACAUUUUUCAACUAUACAU